CAUUUCCCCCUCUAUAUAUACGUCCCGAGUGUGGCAUCAUACCCUUCAUAUUUUCGUCGCCGUCCUAUCUCUCUCUCGCUAGCUCUCUCGCUCUCGGCUCGUUCGCCUUGCAUUUUUCAUCGAAAAAGGUCGAAGUUGAGAUGGAUGUCUGUGAGCCUGUGAAGAUGAAUGAUGAAGAAUCCACAAUUAUUAAUGGAGCUGGAGGGGAAGAGAAAGAUCUAUUGAUAAAGGAGGCAAAUAAUGAUGAGAAUGUGAAAGAAAAGGCAAGGAAUGAAGAAGAAACGAAUAAAGAGGUGAAGAAUGAAACAAAUAUUGAAAGGGAUUCUAAGGGAAGGGUUAAUGGGUCAACCAAGAGGACUAAAAGGAAGAGAAUGGCUUUGAGAAAGAAAAUGGCUAAGGAUAGCGAGAAACGUGAAACUACAAACACAAAUCACACAAUUAGCAAAAGGAAGAUAAAUGAUUUGGUUGGUAGUUUCGCGAUGACUGUUGAAGACGCGAAUAAGCUAGUAUCACUGAACCAUGAGGGCAAGAAGAAGAAGACAUCGAGUGAUUCUAAUGAAGUGGUUCUUAAGAGUAACGAGAAGCCAGAAUCUUCAAACAAAUUUAGCAAAAAGAAGAAGAAGGCUUCGAGGGUUACCAAUGCAGUGGCUACUAAAGAUGCAAAUGAGCCAAAAUCAUUGAACAAGAAGGGGAAGAUGGCUUUGACGCGUUCUAAUGAAGAGGUUGCUAAGGAUUCGAGCAAGCUAAAAUUGUCAGAAAAGAAUAAGAUGGAGGGAAUGAUAUUCAUGUGUAGUUCUAAGACAAAGAAGGAUUGCUACCGUUACAAAGUUUUUGGUUUGCCUGCAAGCAAGAAAGAAAUUGUACUAAAGAUUUAUAAUGGCAUGAAGUUGUUUUUGUUUGAUUUCGAUUUGAAGUUGAUGUAUGGGAUCUACAGAGCUACAGGAACCGGGGGUUAUGAAAUUGAGCCCAAAGCCUUCAAGUCUGCGUUCCCGGCUCAGGUGCGCUUCACUGUUUUGGAGGAUUGCUUGCCAGUUGCAGAGGAGAAGUUUAAAGGGGUCAUCAAGGAUAAUUAUUACUCAAAGAACAAGUUCAAUUGUCAAUUGACCUCUGAACAGGUGAAGAACCUGUGCAAGCUUUUCCGGGCUGCCGGCAAAGGUCCCAAGUCCAAACGGUUUGGCAGAAGUCUCAGGGCAGAAACUCACACCUCUGUUGACCAACAGAGAACUAGGCAGCACAGUCGCAGGGCAGAAGCUCGCAGAUUUGUAGACCGGGAGAAAACUAGGCGACAGAAUUGGGAGCUUGAGAGGCUCCCUGCUUUUGUUGGACUCGACCGGUAUGGAGGGAGACCCGUUGCCUAUGAAAGGGAGGCAUAUGCAUCUCCUGUAAUGCAUUCGACUCUACUCCCACCUUUACGUCAACCGUCAGGCCCUGCACUCGCUUUGCCGUCUUAUGCUUAUGAGAGGGCCACAGAAUUGGAUACUUACAGAAGGGACCCACUUGGUGAGUAUCAUGAUCGACGUUUUUCGGAUUUGGAACUGAGGCACCAAGUUGGGAUUGAACGUCGUGAUCCCUAUAAUUUAUACACAGAGCGUCCUUUGUACCAUGAUCCAUUGUAUUCUGCAGGUGCGCCAAUUGAGUACCGUCUUGAACGACACCCACCGGCCGAGUAUCUUCGCCCUGGCCUUCUUCCUGAAUACCAGCACCAUUCUCGUCCUGCAGGCACUCCACCUGAACAUAAUCACUUUCCACCCCUGUAUCGGUACUUAGAUUAGUGUCAAGAACUGGGAGGAUACCUAGUUCCCCGUUAUUUGUGUUGUUGGUCUAACUGCUUAGUGCCAAGAACUGGGAAGAUCUGUUGUUUGUCUAAUUGCUUAGUGCCAAGACCUGGGAAGAUCCGUAGUUCACCCGUUAUUUGUAUGUUUGUCUAAUUGCACGAAUUGGCGCAAAGCAAGUAUUCUGAUGUGGGAUUGGAUUGGCAGAUGAAAAUUGAGUUUCAUUUUACUACCCAAA